ACGACACGCCUUCAUCUUCAUCCUGCGUCAAACUAAAAAUAUCCCAAUUCUUCAAAAUAAAAUAUCCUCUCUGCAACAUUAUUUAAAAUUUCUCCGUUCACUCUCCGCAGGUAUUAAUCUGUCGCCGAUCAACUCCCUCUUCCUCCGAAUUCACUCACCAUCCUUCGCAGUUCAACGGAGAAUUCAUCCCACCGGUGAACCUCCGAUACGAGCUUCCACGACCCCUGACUUCGAUCCACUGAAACCUUUCCUUCUAUUUCGUCCCGACCUUUCCAUUCCUCUCGUAUGUGAUCGAAUUUUCGCCUUCAAGAAUGGAUCGGUCGACGAUUACUGUGGGGCCGGCCAUGGAUAUGCCGAUUAUGCACGACAGUGACCGCUAUGAUUUCGUCCGAAAUAUCGGCUCCGGGAAUUUUGGGGUUGCCAGGCUGAUGAGAGACAAACAUACUAAAGAGCUUGUCGCUGUCAAGUAUAUUGAGCGAGGCGAUAAGAUAGAUGAAAAUGUUCAGCGAGAAAUCAUCAAUCACAGGUCCCUGAGGCACCCUAACAUAGUCAGGUUCAGAGAGGUCAUCUUGACGACUACCCAUCUUGCAAUUGUAAUGGAAUAUGCAUCUGGAGGAGAGCUCUUCGAGCGCAUUAGCAAUGCAGGACGCUUUAGUGAGGAUGAGGCUCGCUUCUUCUUUCAGCAGCUUAUAUCAGGAGUCAGCUUCUGCCAUGCCAUGCAAGUGUGUCACCGGGACUUGAAGUUGGAGAACACUUUACUGGAUGGUAGUCCAGCCCCUCGUUUAAAAAUAUGUGACUUUGGCUACUCAAAGUCAUCAGUGCUUCAUUCACAACCAAAGUCAACUGUGGGGACACCUGCAUAUAUUGCUCCAGAAGUGCUAUUAAGGCAAGAAUAUGAUGGCAAGACUGCAGAUGUAUGGUCAUGUGGAGUGACCCUCUAUGUAAUGCUUGUCGGAGCCUAUCCUUUUGAGGAUCCUGAUGAACCGAAGGAUUUCCGAAAGACAAUACAAAGAAUCCUAAGCGUGCAGUAUGCUAUUCCAGAUUGUGUACAAAUAUCUCCCGAGUGUCGCCAUCUGAUAUCAAGGAUUUUUGUGGCAGAUCCUGCAACGAGAAUCACUAUUCCUGAGAUCAAGAACCAUUCCUGGUUUUUGAAGAAUCUCCCAUCGGACUUGAUGGAUGAAAACACAAUGGGAAAUCAAUUUGAAGAGCCUGAUCAACCAAUGCAGAGUCUCGAUACAAGAAUGCAGAUAAUUGCUGAGGCUACAAUACCAGCAGUUGGUUCACAUGGCCUUACCUACAUGGCAGAUAACUUUGACAUGGACGAUGAUGAUGACAUGGAUGGUCUGGACUAUGAAUCUGAUCUUGAUAUAGAAAGCAGUGGCGAGAUAGUGUAUGCAAUUUGACAAUUGAUACUGAGGCGCCGAAACAAAGAAUUAUGGGACUGGUUCUGACUUUCAAAGAAUUUGUUUAGAGGAAGAACAUUAGCUUGUUCUCAUCCAUUUGUAGGUUAUCUUUACAAGUGCUUUUUGCUAGCCCUGGAUUCACACGCUCCUUUGGAUUGUGCCACGUCAAUAAAACACAGCUCUUACCCCGCGUUGUCGAAAAUGAUUUAAAAGGCGACGAACAAUGAAGAAGA